GUUUUGAAUACCAUUACUAAAAUCAACAUCUUUAGGAAACCAGUGGGCAUAAGGAGAGGGCAAUUACUAAAACAAACACAAUAUCAGCAUAAAAUGGAGAUCAACAAACGUAUGGAACAGACUUCAUUGGAGAGAAGACCAUCAAGCAUGCAGGUGACGACUGGGUUUGGCCCUGAGAGAGAAAAAUUUGAGAAAGAACAGACUGAAUGUCUUACCAAAGCUAUAAAGGCAGAGGAGUCAUCAGCAAAAGAAAAACAUGUGAGAAGAACCAUAAUCGGAACAUGGCAGGAAAGAGGUUGUUCAACCUUUUGGAAUAUUCUUGGGAGGAUGCCACUACCAUCUCAAAAUGUCAUGUGUUGGAAGGCAUUGAUGGUGUUUCAUAAAGUGUUGCGAGAAGGCCAUCCAAAUUGCCUGAAAGAUUCAUAUGUUUUUAGAAGGACAUUGAAAGAUCUGUACAGUGUAUAUAAAUUUGCCUCCAACUUAUAUGGGCAGCUAGUUUCUCAUUAUUUGAGAGCUUUGCAGUGUAAAGUUGAAUUUCAUCACAAAUAUCACAAAAUACCUGGAUCAUUGGUUUUUAAUGAAGAGAAUCCUUUUAAAAUUCCAUAUCGAGACAUAAAUGAUGUAUUCCACUUUGCUGUUGAGAUUUUUGACUUCCAAGAUUUGCUCCUGACACUAUACGAAGAAAUUAUGAAAACUCUUGAUAAAUCAAAGAACAACUCGCAAGUGCACAGUGCACAGUGCAGAAUAGCCCCCAUGGUGCCACUAUUGAAGGAAUGCAGUGGGUUGUAUGAUAUGAUUGUUUGCGUCAUGAUCAGGCUACACAAAUGCCUACCCCCAGAUACCGUUAGUGGACAUAGGACUCGCUUUAACCAGCAGUUUUCAAGGUUAAAGCAGUUUAUCAUUGAUGCCGCAUCAUUUCAGUUUAUUACCGCAUUGACCACAAUUCCAGAGCUACCUGAUUCUCCGCCAAAUUUCUUAAUCCAUACGAUGGAGCAACCCAAGCAAAGGCCAAGAGUCGUCGAGGAUAAGCCAAGUACCCCAAUAAUGCCGCAGAAGGAUGACAGAGAUAUGCUCAUUGAACAACUGAUGAGGGAGAUAAACGAACUGAGGGAUCAUUUAGAUUACCUCGAAAGAGAUGCCAUCGCAACACAGUCAGUCCUAAAAAAACAAAUUAUGCAGCUGAAGGAAGAACUAAGCCAGUACAAACGUAUAGCCGAGCAAGCCUGUGACGAAAAUGUUUUCUUAAAAAAUCAGCUGGAGGGAUUAACGCAGGAAGCAAAAGUCGCUAAGGGGGAUGAUGCGGAAAAAGAAAAAGUCAAUGAAAUGUUCAAUAAACUGAAGCAGAAGUACACAAUUUUGAGAGACGAGCAUGUGAAAAUGAUUCGACAGAACGCAGAAAUCAAACGAAAAGCAGAAAUUGCGGAGCAGAAGCAACAGGAACUUCAGAAGACAUUUGAAGAAAGGGAAAUGGCUAUUAAGGAAAAGGAAGAAGAUAUCAGAAUGAUGCAAGAUAACCUUAGACAACUGGAGCAAAUUAAUCAAAACACACAUGAAUCACUUGAACAAGUGGAGCAAGAGAAAAAUGAAGCGAUGAAUGAGAUGGUAUCUCGUAUGAACUCCAUGAACGAACAGCUAGGCAAUUCGGAGGAGGCUAAAUUGACACUUGAGAAAGAAUUAGAAAAAUUGAAAAAUGAGUAUGACAGUCAGAUCAAAGUCAUGCAAGUUCAGCUUGAGCAUUUGACAAGCUCAAAACUGACUCACGAAGACGCCAGAAAAUCUGCAGAGGAUACUGUGAGCAAGAUGAAAAGUGACAACGAAGCAAUGAAAAGCCAGCUAGAGGAAGAAAUAAAGCGACUAAAGGAUGAAACCGAACAGAAAAAAUUGGCUAAAGAGGCUGCAGAAAAAGAAAUCCAAGAUUUGAAAACGCAGCUAGAGUCUCAGGUCGCAUCGCUGUCUAAAGAGAUGGAAAGGAUACAGAAGGAAAAGCUUGAUGAGGAGCAGAACAGAAUGCAAUCUCAAGCUGCACUUGAAAAUUUGAAAUCAUCAUCAGGAGGCGAGAUCUCUACGCUAAUGCAAUCGCUUGAAGAAUCGACAAAGGAGAAAUUUGAUCUUCUGAAAAGAAAAGAGGAACUUACAAAAGAGCUGGACGCAUUGAAGUCACAAUACUCUACUGAGAAAAACGACUUCAACACCCAAAUAAAGAGUUUGCAGGACCAGAUAUCGCAAGAAUUGUCUGGAAAUCAGGCACUUUCUAAAGAAAUGACAACCCUUCGUGAAGAAUUUCAGACCAAGGUUCAGGAGCUGUCAAAUCAGCUUAAUACAGCAAAUUUAGCCAAAAGUGACGAGGAAAAAGCAAGAAAGGACAUGGAAAAUAAACUUGAACAAGAGAAACAAGACAAGGAGUCUAAACUUUUAGAACAAAGUGCCUUGAAGAGAAAUGACGAAGUUGCCAACAGAUACGCCUUGCUAGCGUCAACGGUCGAGCAAUGCAAGGCAAUUAUCAAAGAGACAGUUGAGCAGUUUGAUAAUCCACUUCAUCUCUCUGGGACAACGUGCACUGCAGAAUACCUGAAAACUAGACUAGAAGCGCUACCAGAAUCAGUCCAGGCCGUGACAUCACACUAUCAACAUUUCAGGCUUGACGAACAAGAUGUUUCAUCUGUGCUAUCAAGUUUAACAUUUAUGACGCACUCGCUAAGUGACGGGUUACUUCAUGGCAAAGCGACUUCACACAUGGCAUCACAUGAGGAUUCAGAAGAUUUGACUGGCAAAUGCAAAAGAGCUGCCGAUGCUGCAAUGGAGUUUCUGUCGACAGUAAAGCAAAGAGACAGUGAAUCUGCAAAAGUUUCGUCUGAUUCAUUGACUCUGAACAACAAAAUAAAUGAUCUUAUAAAUGCAGCUAAGCUUCUCAUACCAAAAGAAAGGGAUAACUUGGAGGGUGUUGGUGACCUUGUUGAUGAACAGAUAAACGAAACAGCUCAGCUAGUUGCAGAUGCCUCAGCUCGUAUCGAGGAAAUGUUGAAAAAUUCGCGCCAGAAGUACACUGGUGUUCAGCUGGAAGUUAAUCAGAGGAUUUUGGAUUCCUGCAAUGGUUUGAUGAAGGCAAUACGAGAACUAAUCAUGAGAUCCAAGGAUCUGCAAGAAGAGAUAGUGGCUGAAGGAAAGGGCACUGCUUCUGCUAAAGAUUUUUACAAAAGACAUCAUAAGUGGACGGAGGGCCUCCUUUCUGCUGCAAAGUCCGUUGGUUGGGGAGCAUCUAUAUUGGUGGACGCUGCUGACAAAGUCGUAGAGCGAAAAGGCAAAUUUGAAGAACUUGUUGUUGCGUCGAAUGAAAUCGCUGCAAGCACCGCUCAGCUGGUUGCCGCUUCUAGAGUGAAAGCAUCAAGGGACAGCGAAAGACUUGCGAGGCUCAUGAGAGCAUCAAAAGGAGUUGGAGAAGCAACAGCAAAUGUUGUUACCAUGGUGAAGACAGGAGCGGAAAUGACAGAAGAUGCUAAAACUGUGCCGGAUUAUUCAAAAUUAUCACUUACUCAGGCGAAGAGGCUAGAAAUGGACGCACAGGUUCGGAUGCUGGAGUUAGAAAGUCUUCUAGAGAAAGAAAGGCAGAAACUAGGUCGAUUACGAAAAGCCCAUUAUCAGAUUGCUGCGGAACUAGGAUUGAUUGAGGAGGACGAAAACUCAGAGAAGUGACGAAAUGUUUCAUGUUGGACUACAAAUCCUGAUGGACAAAGAUGUAGAAUUAAGAUAUGUAAUUUACAAUAGAUAAUGUUUCUUAAAAAAACUAUAUUGUUUUAAUAAUUUUAUGUGGAUUUUAUAUUUAUAAAAUGUAAUGAACUUUGCUUGACCAAAAUCACAUCCAGUUACAGUGUCAGUUCUUUAACAUUCCUUGCUUGUAUUUGAUUAAAAGUAAUAUAUGAUCUUUUCCAUUAACUGCUGGUCUCAUUUUUGAUUGCCUUUCAAUAAACCAGUGGUGUACCUUGACUGUCCAGAUUAAGGUGUGGAAGGUUUUGAAAAGUUGUUUGAUUUUCUAACAUAAACAUGGAUUAUACAUAGCAAAAUAGAUUAUAACUAUGUUGUUCUUAUUUUGAUUGACAACAUCAGGCAAUUUUAAUUUCCAACUAUCAGUUUUGAUUACCAGCUGAAGAUUUUAUUGACCAACUAAUGAAAAAUUAGAGAGUGUCUUACCCUCUCACAUUGGUACACCCUCCAACAGUUUCACACCAUCCUUCUCCAGCCUUCCCCUCACAUUAAACAAGGAUUGCCCAACCAACAAUACAAUAUAAUCAGGCAAGAAAUAAAACUAUGAAAACACAGACCAUUUGGCAUCUUUUUGAUCAACUUUGAUAUAUGUUUACAUUUUAUAGUAGCUAACUUCUGUUAACUAUAGAAAAAAAAUUAGAGAUUGUGAGUAAGAGCAAAGAUAACAUGGUGAUUAUUCUUAUAUUAGGCUAACAGAAUAAAGGUUUUCAUGCUCUUUUUGGCAAUACUUGUUAAAAACUUGUUUUGGUAUUCACAUGAAGGGCAAGAAAGCUUUAGCAUGUGGUAACAACAAUCAGCAAGAUAUUAUUCGGACUUAAGAUUUCUCAUUUGUUCACUUCUGAUAUUGCUACAAUUAGUUACCUCCAACUCUGUCAUUGGUUCUUUGUCAUUUACAACCAAUCUCAUUUACAACCAAUCUCAUUAACAUUACAACCAGUCUAAAUUAAAAAGCACCUAUUACAUAUUCAAUAAUACUUUUUCCGUCUCUGUGUAGUUUUUACAGUUUUAUAUGGUAAUGGUGAUUGAAAUGAAAGGUUAAUAGGUAAAUCAUCAUUCUCUAACUUCCACAUUUCAGGAAUGACUCCUGGUCUUUGUAGGGUUUCAUAAUAUGUCACAAAGUCUUUAACUGAUUUGCAUUCAUUCAAUUUAUUGUUUGGUGGGACACUGCCAAAUUCUUUACGGCAUUCUUUAAGAAUCUGCAAUUAAUAAAAUAAAUGGUAUGAUUUUACCAGAAAUAAAUAUAAAUCAAACUACCACAUUAUAAAACUAAUAUUAUUACAUGCUAAAUUAUCUAAUGAAUUUAAAAUGAUGCCAAAUGAACCUUUAAUAAUGAAAACUUAUGAAGAUACAGAAUGAGUAGGGGAUUGUAACAGUGGGGGAUUAGAUAUCACAUGGCAAAUUAUCGUUUUUGACCAAAUCAGCAAUGCUACAAUUGACAUGAAAUUUCUGUAAUCUGAACCACAUGUUUGGGGUUUUAUCUGUUUUGUACUUCUAUACCAAAAAAGACAGGAAGCAAAUAUAUAAAAUAGAACCUUAAAUUUGGUGCCUAGGUCUGUGGUAGAUAUUUCUGUCCAAUCUUCUGUUAGGGCUGAUGGGAAUAUCUGUGAAGUGAGCUUUUUCAUUCGCAAAGGCACGUUACUAUGAAGAUAAAGUCCUCUAGCUUCUGGGAUAUCAC